GUUCUUGCGGCGGAAUCAUAUCUUUGGUUUUGUAUACAUAAAAAAGAUGCGUCUGCUGAGUUUACCUAGAUGUUUUAUGUAAAUGGCGUGUUUUGUGUAGUGUGGCGGGAGAGUGUCAUAUUGUACUAAUGAACUUAGUACAUCUACAUACAUCAGCAUCACAUUCGGCCCCCAGUUUCUAAGAACACCAGAUUUAUUGAAAAGAGAAAAAAAUGUCUCUGUCAGUUAAAGAAUUGUCAUCUUUACUAAGCAUUCUUAGCGAGGAUAAUGUUGAUAACCAGACACUGGAAACACUAUCUGCCCAAAUGCAUCAGUGCUUUUCUAAACAGGACUUCUACAAGGUGGGAUGUGCAAUUAUAUUGCUACUGCAGCAAGCAGAUCUUUUACCCAAACCGACGCAGCGAAUGGCUGCUAUUUGUCUUCUACAUGAACUGUAUAGAGGAGAAGGGAUGUCAACAAAUCCUUUUGCUGCAGUGUUUGUGCACUUGUUGCAUCCCCCAGAUGAAGUCAGCAAACUUACAACGAGGAAGCUUGAAUAUGCUGGACAGUUACCACGACUUCUACAAGUAGAGAAGAACUUCUUGAUGCAUCUGAUCACGAAUCCCACAAAAGAGAUAUUGAAAAAGACUCCAAACCAAAUAUUAAACAGUGAUCUGGCAAAUACACAUCCUAAUGUAGAUAUCACUGGCAUUCAGCUGGCACUUGCUGAGCGGCAGUCUGAGUUGCCUCUUACUUGUAGAAGUGGGAUUCCUGUAAUUCUCCCUGAUGGUGAUAAUAGGUCAGAGCCAAGAAUGGGCCUGAUGAGUAUGUAUUCUGAGCAGAACAUUGCAAAAAAGACCGCUGAAGCUCUCUUGACAGGCAACAAUCCAGUUGUUGAUCAGUACUACAAGCCAGAAUUUCUUCGUUUAGCACCACCAUUGCAUAGUUGUGAAGAUGAGCUGGUGUGGCUAAAUGUUACUGGUGUUUCGGAGCUUAAAGCAGCAUAUGAUGUCACAAUGUGUGUGUCAAACAGUGAAGGAGUAGAGGCAAAGCGUCUGAUGGCAAAAGCAUUCAAGGGCGCUUUAACGUUACAACAGCAGCAACAUUUACUGACUGAACUAGAUAAUGAUCCAAAACUUGUAUACCAUAUAGGACUUACACCAAGUAAGCUUCCAGAUCUGGUCGAAAGUAAUCCAUUAAUAGCUAUAGAAGUUCUACUAAAGCUGAUGCAGUCAAGCCAAAUCACAGAAUAUUUCAGUGUCCUUGUUAAUAUGGAAAUGUCAUUGCAUUCGAUGGAGGUUGUGAAUAGGUUGACAACCACUGUUGAUCUUCCAACAGAAUUUGUACAUCUGUACAUCUCAAACUGCAUAUCAACAUGUGAAACCAUUAAAGAUCGUUACAUGCAAAAUCGUCUGGUCCGCCUUGUUUGUGUAUUUUUACAGUCACUAAUAAGGAAUAAAAUCAUUAAUGUGCAGGAAUUGUUUAUUGAAGUACAGGCCUUCUGUAUUGAAUUUAGCCGCAUCAGAGAAGCUGCUGCACUGUUUCGUCUCUUGAAACAGUUAGAAUCUGGAGAAGCUGGUGUUGUCACACCUGGACCUACCAAGAAUAAGACUGAACCUUAAAAAGUUGUAGUUCCCCUAGUGUAUAUGUAUUCAUAUAAAGUACUUUAUGUGUGCUGUGUCGUGUUAAGAAGAUGUGUUCAGAAUUCUUUUUUCUGCAUCUCCUACAACACUGUCAUUUUACAGACUGUGUUUGUGCAUUUUUUACAAAAUAUAAAAGCUAAUAAAUUGAUAUACACCUUUCUGUGUAUAGAGAUUUUAUUCUUGAUGAUUGCAGCUUUAGCUUGCUACCUUAUAACUGUGCAACAUGUUUGGGCUUAUAAUUGUAGUGAAGGUAGUCAGAAUCCAACUUUAUAGAUAUCUUACACAUGUCCCUCUAUUACACCAUCAUUUAUAUUCUGCAAAUCACUGUUUCUCUGUACCUGUCACUUCAAUAGUGAAUGCUACUGUUAGAAGAGGUACUAUAGUGAAGCCUUCUGUAG